AUGUCUUCGGCUCCAGGGCAUCACGAUUACUCUACAGGACCUCCUGGCUUCGCAACUGAAAUGGAUCCUAGAAACUCUGCCAGACUGGAUCAUAUGCCUCGCACAACAGACAACUUCGGCAUGGACCGCUAUUCCACGAAUCCCGGCUACAGAAUGCAGCGACUGCCUCCUCCCCAAGGCCUGUUGGCGGGAGCUCCCUGCGGACCGGACACGUUUCGACCACCGUCCCAAGAUCCCGUUCAAUACUUUCACCCUCAGCCGUAUCCCCCUCACAACAGCACUGGCCAUGGCAUUUCGUCCCCUCUAAUGUCUCCUUCUCACAUUCCAUAUGCCAGUGCCGCCCCUCCUCAGAGCUAUCCGCCCCGUCAUAUCGCGGACCCGGGCCAACCUCCUCAGAUGUUCCCACCGGUGACAGCUGGGAGACCGGAUGCCACAAGCGAUCCGCGAUUGUCACAGUAUCCUCCAAGCAUGAACCACAUGAACCACAUGAACCGCCAGACGCCACCACCACGACCAUACCAACAUCCCGAAAAUGGAAUAUCUCCCCCUUAUAUUGCAAGACACGAACAGGACACGCCCAUGGCAGAGCCAACCUUUGAGCCUGAGCCACCAAGGCCCGUAGCUCGACCGCAAUCUCAUACUCCGGAUGCCGCAGGACCUCCGCCAGUUCGGGUUCCCAACUUACUGGGCUCUAGCAAGACACAGUACUUGAAUGACACCAUCUUUGAGCUCAAGAUGCGUCAACAGCCAAAUGCAGCACGGGCUUGCGGGUUUGGUGAUAGAGAUCGAAGAGUUAUCGAUCCGCCUCCGAUAGUGGAGCUCGUGGUUAGGAACCCAAACUUCACACAAGAGGAAAUCAGAGUUUACUUGAGAUACGAAAGCUAUGUCAUGAGCUGCGCCAUCUUUGAUGAGUCGGGAGAACAUGACUCUUCCUACAUGCCGGAGGAGUACCAACACCAACGGCGGUUGAUGGGCUCUUUGGUCGCGACGCCCUUUGUGGGACAGGAUGAGAACGGGCAAGAGGGCUGUUUCUUUUGCUUCUCCGACCUUUCUUGCCGUACUCCGGGCUCAUUCCGCCUCAAGUUUACCUUGAUGAUGAUAGACCCGAGCCGCGCGGGAUUCGUCAAGCACUUUCCCAUUCUGGCGGAGUCAAAAAGCGAGCCUUUUAAGGUUUACAGCGCCAAAGAGUUUCCGGGCAUGGUAGCCAGCAGCAGUCUGGCCAAACGUCUGAAAGAACAAGGGUGUAUAAUCUCAAUCAAGAAAGGAAACGAUAGAGGGCGAGGCUCCAGGAACAACGACGAUGGGUCAGAUAACGACGAUGACGACGAUGGCGAAGCAUCACAAGGCCAGAGAAGGAGACGACAGAUGCGAAGCUAG